AUGUCGUCCACCAGCAACGCCUCCAUUGACAAGUUCAACGGAGAUAAUUACGCAACGUGGAGCCGGUACAUGCGCGGUGUGUUUUUGACGAAGUCCGUCUGGCACGUCGUCAACCGUGAAGUGACUCCGACUUUCACCGACCCGCGAGCGUCCGAUGACUACGUCAAGGCAAGCAACGUCGCGUUUGGUAUGAUGCUGCUGCACAUGAAAGCGGACUACCAUCAUGUGCUGGACAACUGCGAGGAAGCCUGGGUUGCGUGGACAAGUCUGAAGACGCUGUACGGUGGGUCGCAGAAGGCAGGACGCAUCUACCUCAAGCGACAACUUUUCAGUAUCAAGAUGGCUGAAGGCGCGAACGUCAUGCAUCACUGCAACGAGGUCCUCAACAUCUCCGCCAAGCUUAGCGGCAUCGGUGCGAAGAUGGAAGACGAAGACGUUGCAAUUUGUCUGCUACUCAGUCUUCCGAAGAGCUACGAAAAUGUGGUGCUCAACAUGGAAAUGAGCAGCACCGAGCUUCGCACUCAAGAUGUGGUGAGAGUCCUGACGAAUGAGCAUGCCAAGCGUCAAGGAGAAAAAGGGACAACGACAGCGACUACGGUGAAGGCUGAAGAUGCAAGCAAGGCAUUCAGCGCCGAGCGUGAGCCCUACCAAUGCACGUAUUGUGGCAAGGUGGGACACACGGUGGAUCGUUGCUGGACAAAGCAGAAGAACGAAGGUCGGGGAGCCCGACGCGGCGGCAAUGGUCGUGGACGCGGGGCUAACAAUGUCCAGUGGGGACAUCAUGAUGAAGGUAAUGGCUACGAUCGAGUGGCGUUUGCAGUCUCGUUUGAAUGUGGAGUUUCGACGAGCAUGGACGUGUCUGGAAUGUGGGCCGUCGACAGUGGUGCAACGCACCACAUUUGCCACGACAAGACCAAGUUCGCAAGUUUGGCAGAGCGCAAUGAGGGCGAACUCUUGGUGGCUGAUGGCAACAAGGUGGCCAUCAAGGGUGUGGGAACCAUAAUGGAAAAGGUGGUUCUGCCCAACGGUGAAGAGCGUGAGAUCGAAAUCAAGAACGCGCUAUAUGUUCCAAGUAUGAGCAAGAACCUGCUCUCGGUACCACAGAUUAACAGCCAUGGCAAGUUUCAAGUCGUGUUUGACGGGUCCAAGAUGUAUGUGACUCUCAAGAACUCACAGCAAGUGGUGGCGACAGCGGAUCUCGUGGAUGGACUCUACUGGCUUCGGACGACUCAACGAUCAGCGAAUGUGACAACAAGUGGAACCAGUUGUGCCGAUCUACAUGCGAGAAUGGGUCAUGCUCCAGUCGAUGUACUUCGCAAGAUGAUCGCGACCAACAUGAUCAAGGAUGUGCGAGUCCCUCUCAAGUCGGGUGGAGCAACUACAUGUCGAGGAUGUCAACAAGGGAAAAUGGUCCAAAAACCAUUUCCAAGCAACCGAGACAAGCGCAGCUACGAUACGUUUGAGCUACUUCAUCUGGACAUCUGCGGGCCCAUGGAAAAGGAUUCGCUCGGUGGCAGCAAACAUUUGCUGCUGAUCAUCGACGAAGCCAGUGGAUGCAUGAAGGGCUUUUGUCUACGAGUGAAGUCCGAGAGUGAAGACUACAUCCGGAAAUAUAUCACCAUGGUACAGACGCAAUUCUGUAAGAAGGUCAAGUUCGUGCGACACGACGGAGCUCGCGAGUUUGCAACCAACUCGCUUCAACUGUUCUACGAAGACGAAGGCAUUGAACAGCAGACAACGGUGCCGUAUGCACAUCAAACAAACGGAACAGCAGAGCGUGCCAUUAGGACUAUUGUCACGAUCGGCCGCAGCAUGCUUCAUCAUGCCAAACUGGACAAGUGUUUCUGGGCCGAAGCAGCGAUGACGGCCAUCUACGUCAAGAAUCGACUGCCGUCACCUAAAGUCGUGCACAAGACCCCGUUUGAGAUCGUCUACAACUUGAAACCAAGCGUCAAGCACAUGCGAACAUUCGGGUGUCAGACAUACAUACUGACGCCUAAAGAGAAUCGACUCAAGUGGGAUCCAAAGGCUCGCGCUGGCAUAUUCGUGGGCUACGAAGAAGUUUCGAAGGCUGUUGACGGUCAUCGGUUUUCUACCAGUAUUGGUAACCGUGACCGAUCCAAUCCGAACCGCCUGUUCAGCUUAGUAUUUACGACGUAG